AUGUCUCUUUUGUUCAUCUUCUUGCUCUUUAUCCUGCCAGUCUUCGCUGCCCCAGCUGUCAAAGUUGAGACCGUCGACGGCCGAAAGACAUGCACGGUGACCAGUGUAGGAGACGAACAAAAUGACGUCCCGAACAUCCUGUCCGCAUUCAAAGAGUGUGGUUCGUCAGGGACCGUGAUAUUUCCAGAAGGGGAAAACUACUGGAUCGCUGAGAGAUUUACAGUGGAUGCUGAAGAUGUGGAUAUUGAGUGGAGAGGGAUAUGGACGUUCUCUGACGAUAUCGAGUAUUGGCGAGAAAAUUCAUACCCUAUCACUUUCCAAAACCAUGCGGCCGGUUUCAUUCUGAAGGGAAAUGGCAUUCAUAUCAAUGGGCAUGGCACCGGUGGAAUCAAUGGAAAUGGAGAUCUCUGGUAUACCGACGAGGCUGGAACUACUAAACCAGGCCGGCCGAUUCCAUUCCAACUCUGGAACAUCAGCAAUGUCAUUGUUCAAAACUUUGCAGUCCUCGAGCCUCAGCUCUGGGCGAUCAAUAUCAUGAAUGGUACAAAUCUCGAAUUCGAGAAUAUCCACGUUAACGCCACUGCUACAAAAGCACCUUCUGGCAAGAAUUGGGUCCAGAAUACAGAUGGUUUUGAUACAAUGGACACAGAAAAUGUGCGACUGAAGAAUUUCACGUAUACCGGAGGUGACGACUGCAUUGCAAUCAAACCUCGAUCCUACAACAUCCACAUCGACGGGGUGGUCUGCAAUGGCGGAAAUGGCGUUGCGAUAGGCAGUCUCGGCCAGUACCUUGAAGACUCGAGCGUCGAGAGCGUGUUCAUGCAGAACGUCCCACGAACCCGCUUUGGUAUCUACAUAAAAACAUGGAUAGGCGAACUCGUCGAACAAGACGGCUACGAGAGCGGAGAUCAGCCCAGAGGAGGCGGAUGGGGAAACGUCCACAACGUUACGUUCUCUGGUGUCGACGUGACAAAUGCCAGCAGAGCCGUUUUCAUCACCCAGAACGAAGGAAAUAAUGGGUCGUUUGCCGGAACCAGCAAGAUGGAGAUUUCGAAUAUUGCUUUUGACCGGUUCACGGGCACCUUGGCCUCAACCAGCAACAAAAUUGGCAUCAGCUGUAGCAAGGUUUAUCCUUGCUAUGACAUUGCCUUCAGUGACACGGCCGUGGAAUCUUCGUCUGGAAACAAUCUCACUGGGAAAUGCACGUAUGUGAAGGCAGAUGGCGUUCAUGGACUGUCCGGUUGCUAG